GAAAGGGAUUUGUUGUGAGGACGAAUUUGGAUUUGUUUCCUUUUCUGAGACAUUCUUUGCAGAUACUCGAAGUGUUUCUCUGGAAUGAUUGAAUGUGCUGACUCCUGAUUGUGUGAAGAGCCUGUUUUAUAAAAGUCAGCGAGAACUGGGUCUGAGCAGCGGGCAGGGGGUAGAGAUUUCACAUUGACUCUCCCUCUGCAGCCUCUCACUCACACACAGACUAUCACUCACUCCUCACUCACUCACUUGCUGACUCACUCAGACGCACACAUACACUCUCACUCUCACACACUCUCAUUCUCACCCAAAGGACUGUUUUCCACCUGGACACCGCAUGGCUUCGCUGACGCAGGAAGCUUGCCCUGUGGGUGAAGAUGGCACAGCUGAGGGGCAAUCCCAGACUGGGAACAGCUUGCUCCCGGCACCCAGAGCCUCUGGCAAAUCCCCUGCUGUCUCCCCUAAAGCAUCUCCUCGGAAUUCGCCGCGAAAUUCCCCGCUGCUCUUCCGCAAACUCAUGAUGAACAGGAGCAUCCGGCUGCAGCGCCGUUUCACUGUGGCACAGACCUGUUUCGACGUUGAGAAUGGCCUGUCUCCUGGACGCAGCCCGCUCGAUCCUCAGACCAGCCCCAGCUCGGGGCUGGUGCUACAAGCAAACUUCAGCCACAGCCAGCGCCGGGAAUCCUUCCUGUACCGUUCCGACAGCGACUACGACCUCUCCCCAAAGAACGUGUCCCGGAACUCCUCCAUCGCCAGCGACAUGAGUAGCUAUCUCAAGGCUCACCCAAGACCUGCCCUAGCUUCACGGUUCUCCGAGCCAGUCCUUGCCCCGACGAUGGGAAACCACACGGAAGACAUGAUUGUGACCCCAUUUGCUCAGGUAUUGGCUAGUUUACGGACUGUGAGGAAUAACUUUGCGACGUUGACGAAUCUGCAGGACCCACCGAAUAACAAACGGAAAACAGGAUGCACCUCUGGAAUCUGCAGGUCCCUCAUAUCGGAGGAGAGCAAACUGGCCGCCGAGACCCUAGAGGAACUGGACUGGUGUUUGGAUCAACUGGAGACGCUGCACACCAGGCAUUCUGUCAGUGAGAUGGCGUCCAACAAGUUUAAGAGGAUGCUGAACCGAGAGUUAACCCAGUUAUCCGAAAUGAGCCGUUCAGGAAACCAGGUCUCAGAGUUCAUAUCCACAAUGUUUUUAGACAAACAGCAUGAGUUGGAUAUAUCACAGUCAAGUACAAGAGAGAAGCUGGAGCCCACGAAACAGAUCAGUGCUCUGAAGUACAGUACAAGUGUCGUUUCUGUGGAUGUGCCUCGCUUUGGGAUCAGUUCGAACCAGGAAUCUGAGCUAGAGCAGGAAUUGUCAAAUAUCAACAGCUGGGGUUUGGACAUCUUCAAGGUGGGAGAAUAUUCCAACCACCGACCAUUAACUGUUGCUAUGUACGCCAUCUUUAAGGAACGAAAUCUCCUAAAGAUAUUUCGCAUUCCACCCUCAACUUUCAUCACUUACAUGAUGACACUAGAAGAUCACUACCGUCCUGGUGUGAGCUAUCACAACAAUUACCACGCUGCUGAUGUGACUCAGUCCACCCACGUCCUGCUCCGGUCACCAGCAUUAGAGGCAGUCUUCACAGAUCUUGAGAUACUUGCUGCAAUUUUUGCCUCAGCAAUCCAUGAUGUUGACCAUCCAGGAGUCUCGAAUCAGUUCCUCAUUAAUACCAACUCUGAAUUAGCCCUGAUGUAUAAUGACACCUCCGUGUUGGAGAACCACCAUUUGGCUGUGGGUUUUAAACUGCUACAGAAGGAAAACUGCAACAUCUUUAAGAACCUGAGCAAGAAGCAGCUUCAGAACCUUCGCAAAAUGACCAUCGACAUGGUCCUGGCAACAGACAUGACCAAACACAUGAACUUGUUGGCAGACUUGAAGACAAUGGUGGAAACAAAGAAAGUUACGAGUUUAGGGGUGUUGCUGCUGGAUAAUUACUCCGACCGGAUCCAGGUUCUGCAGAACAUGGUGCACUGUGCUGACCUGAGCAAUCCCACCAAGCCGCUGCACCUGUACCGUGUCUGGGUGGAUAAAAUAAUGCUGGAGUUCUUCCAGCAGGGAGACCAGGAGCGUGCGCGGGGAAUGGAAAUUAGUCCCAUGUGUGACAAACACACUGCUUCCAUCGAGAAGUCCCAGGUUGGAUUUAUCGAUUUCAUUGUGCACCCUCUGUGGGAGACGUGGGCUGACCUGGUUUAUCCAGAUGCCAAAGAGAUACUGGACAACCUGGAAGACAACCGUGAUUGGUUUGACAGCAUGAUCCCUCACAGCCCGCCUUCAUCCAGCUCCAUGGAGCUGGGAGACAGCAGCAAAGUGGCGGACAGUCUCCUGCUGGACAUCACAAGGCACAAGGAGGCAGUGAGCACUAACGCCAGCUCCUUUGAGGAAAUGCACAGCUGCAGCAGCCCGGAGACUCCGGACACCGACUUCUCGGAAUCCUCAGAGACCAUCGAAGUUGGCCGAGUCCCUUACUCCAGACAACCAGGCGUGGGCAGCUACAUGACCCGAGCCCCCCUCUACGACAGCGAGGUGGGCAACUCGUCUGCUGAAGAGGGCAGUUCCAGGGAUUCGGGGAGCAGUACUCCGGAGGGCAGGUAUCAGCCUCCCCCUAACUACCGCCCCUUCCUGUUCAAGGUCCAGCCUCCAAGGGGAGGAGCUAGCCAAAUGCCAGACAACACAGAGGAAGGGUCAGCACAAAGCAGCAAACAGAAUCUGGUGGAAGGGUCAGCAGACAGCAGUAAACAGAGCCUGGUGGAAGUAAAAGGAAGCAUUUCAGAUCUUCAACUGGGCACCUAACAAGAAGGAGACGUUGUACAUUAUUUAGUAAAUUCAUUCUUUUUCUGGUAUCAAAGCACACACAAACCAGCUGUUGCUUUACGAGUCGAGCAGCUGAGAUCUUCGCUGUGAGCUGGUGAGGAAGGCAACAGGAGAGAGACAUUUUGGGCCAGUGCCAGCCACAACAAUGACCAACCAAAAGGAAACAAAAAAAAAAAUCCAAAACGAACAGUGCCGUGAUUCUCCCCCCACCUUCUCUGGGGUGCAGGGGGAAUAUGUUUUUGAAAAUAGGAGGUCGCUGGCAAGAAAUGUAUCCAAACGAAAUCUGAGGGAGGAGUAAAGAAAUCAGAUGGAGUCAGGAAGGAAAAACCAUCUUAAAGAGCAAGAUUUUAUUUUUCCUUUUUUCUUUUUUUAAAAAUAAAAUACCUUCAGCAAAAAUUAAAAAAAAAACUGUGAAGGAGAAAAGGUUUCAAAUGUAGCCGGGGAAGAGGGUGCAUGUGGCAAAGGCAGAGGACAAUGGUCACUGGCCGUGCUGAGAACUGUCCCUCGAACUGGGAAGGUUGAGUCAGUUGGAUCGUGGCAGAGUCCAGCACUGCACUGGAAGAGACUGGAGGACACAAGAAAUCGAUGCCUUUUUAAUUGAAUUGGAAACUGUCAGCAGCAUGACAGGACUUUUAUUUGAACAAACAAAACAUUUAAAAGGAGGGUUCGUUGAUCCUUUUUUAUUUAAAAAGUGAUCUGUAUUUUUCUUAAAUGAAUAUUUUUAGCAAUUUUUUUACACAAUUUGACUUGUGAUUAUGUGAGUCUUGGAUUGGAUCAUGUUGACCACUGCCCUUAAUAUGUGUGCGCGGGUGAGUGUGUGUCUCUCUGUCUGUAAAUGUGUGUGUGUGUGUCUAUCUAGCUGUGUGUGCGCGUAUCUAUCUCUGUUCAUGUGUAUAACUAUCUGUUUAUGUCUGUAUAUGUGUCGCUAUCUGUGUGUGUGUGUGCGCGUGUGUUUGUCCUGUUUCCUCACCCCCCCAUCUGUUUCUGUGUCUCUAUCUGUGUGUGUUUACGCACGUCCCAGUAUCUUUUUGUGUGUUUCUGUGUUCCUAUAUAAAGAUAACAACAAUGUGAAAUACAGCCAAAUAGACUGAUUUGCUGUGUUUCAUACUGUUGGUAUCUGUAUUGAUUUCCCUAUGCCUACUGUAUUUACCUAUCCAAGUGUCUGUGUCUGUGUGCGUGAUGUUGUGAAUAAUGGAGUCUGUGCGUGAGGCUGUGUGAAAGUGACUGAGGAUGUUGGGAGUGGGAGGGUGUGAGUAGGGCUGUGAUGGAAACAUUACACACUGGUUAUUGUGCAGUUAGGUUUUCUCUUCAGCCUGACUCCUUCGGCCCCGUGAAAUCAUUGGAAACUUUGCAUUAAUUCUCUGUGCCACCAAACAUGGAUUCCCCUAGUUUCUGAGUUAAAAAGUAAUGCUGAGUUUUGAUUGCUCAACUGAAGGGGUGAAUAUUUACCAAACAACAAACAAAUCCUCAUUGUUAUAGACCCAAGGGGCAGUUUCAUGCCCUUCCCAGGGACAUGUUGUGGACAGUGGAAUUGACUGGGAGCACCCAGUGCUUACUUACUGCCACAUCCCACUGCAGUCAACUUAAAUCCUGAGCAAGCACACAUCAGGAGGGGGUUACAAUGUGCACAACGGAGAGUAGAACCUGACGGACUGUGACAAGCCUGUCCCAAAGCACUUGCUGCUGGAUUGAAGGCCUGGUGUUGGGUAAGGGGGCCUUCUGAAACCCACUCUCGUCUUCUCCAUGACCUCCAUCUCCAUCCCACACCCUCACACCCCAC